AUGGUCCUCCUUUUUUCGGAUCCUACUCUUUAUCGAACUCUCGUUGGUGCCCUUCAGUCCUUGACCAUCCUGCGUCCAGAUAUUGCCCAUGCUGUCAAUUCUAUUAGCCAAUUUCUAUACGACCCUACUGCAGAUCACUUCCUUGCUGUUAAGCAUAUUCUUUGCUAUGUCAAGGGCACACUUCACUUUGGCCUUACUUUUCGUUUGUCCAAUGUUCCUCGUACUCUCAUAGCUUACUCAAAUGCCAACUGGGCAAGAUGUCCAUAUACUCAUCGUUCCACAUCGGGCUACUCUAUUUAUCUUGGCGAUAAUCUAGUUUCUUAA